CGCUUUCUGCACAGUGGAGGGUUCCGUGCUUGCGAUUAGAGCCAAAAUGGCGUAGCUGUGCACCGACCGAACAUCAUCCAUAAAAUAAACCUUGGGAGGAUCCUCUGAAAAGAGGAAACAGACCCGCCAUUUUCCUACGAGCCUCCAGUCCUUUUAAACCCAGCAGGGGGAGGCGAGAUCCGAGAGGAAAGCCACUGAGAAGGAAAAAGGGGGAGUUAGUUAGAGAGAGGGACAGCGAGAGUGCAUGACAGAGGGGUUGAGUGUGAGAGGGCACGUUUUUGAAUAGAAGAGGAAACGUUUGUCAGGUGGCGAAACAUUGCACAUCCCAGGGACUUACAGCAUUGCCGCUGGAUUUAACACCCCUCUUCGAUUUUUUUCCCCUUUCUUUUUUGUUUCCCCCUUUUUUGUUUGUUCAAACCUGCGAAGAUGUCUGGACAGAGCAUAACGGACAGAAUAGCGGCAGCGCAACACAGUGUUACCGGUUCCGCGGUGUCCAAGACGGUGUGCAAAGCGACCACGCACGAGGUCAUGGGGCCAAAGAAGAAACAUUUGGAUUAUCUGAUCCACUGCACCAAUGAGAUGAAUGUGAACAUCCCUCAGCUGGCCGACACGCUGUUCGAGCGCACCGCCAACACCAGCUGGGUGGUCGUGUUCAAAUCCCUUAUCACCACACACCACCUGAUGGUCUUUGGCAAUGAGAGAUUUGUACAGUAUCUGGCCUCCAGGAACACAUUAUUCAACCUCAGUAAUUUUUUGGACAAAAGUGGGUUGCAAGGAUACGACAUGUCCACCUUCAUCCGGAGGUACAGUCGCUACCUGAACGAGAAGGCGGUCUCAUACAGACAAGUGGCUUUUGACUUCACGAAAGUAAAAAGAGGGGCGGAUGGUGUAAUGAGAACCAUGAACACAGAGAAGCUACUAAAGACCAUCCCCAUUAUCCAAAACCAGAUGGAUGCACUCCUCGACUUCAAUGUAAAUGCCAACGAGCUCACGAACGGGGUCAUUAACGGCGCAUUCAUGCUGCUGUUUAAAGACGCCAUCCGCCUGUUUGCGGCCUACAACGAAGGGAUCAUCAACUUGCUCGAGAAAUACUUUGACAUGAAGAAAGCCCAGUGUAAAGAGGGCCUUGACAUCUACAAAAAAUUCCUCACUCGAAUGACGAGAAUCUCAGAAUUUCUCAAAGUUGCAGAGCAAGUUGGCAUCGACCGAGGGGACAUACCGGACCUGUCACAGGCCCCCAGUAGUCUUCUGGAUGCCCUGGAGCAGCACUUGGCUUCAUUAGAGGGGAAAAAGGUUAAAGACUCCACAGCCGCCAGCAGAGCCAGUACCCUGUCCAACGCUGUGUCCUCCCUGGCCAACACGGGUAUCUCUUUCACCAAAGUUGAUGAGAGGGAAAAGCAGGCCGCUCUGGAAGAGGAGCAGGCUCGAUUAAAAGCACUUAAAGAGCAGCGUCUGAAGGAACUCUCCAAGAAUCCCUCCAUGUCCUCCACGACCGCUGCCUCACCGGUUUCCACGACGACAGGCACCAUCAGCACCGCCCCAGCCAUUGACCUGUUCUCCACACCUAGUAGCUUCACUAACAAUACUCCAAAGGUUCCGAACGAUCUGUUGGACUUGCAGCCAGCGUUCCAGCCCUCCCUGCCUCUCUCCACCGGCCUGCCUUUAACCAACACAUGGGGAGAUCCUUUCACGUCUACAGAAGCCGUUGACGACUCCAUUCCAAACUUAAAUCCUUUCCUUACAAAACCUGUUGUUGAUCCUGUUGUGUCUUCAGAUGCUGUUAGUUUUUCUUCUAGGACACCAAGUCAUGAAAUGUUUGGUGAUUAUUACAAUCCCUUUAUUGAUUCAAGCUCAUCCAUUGCAUCACCUGUCGAGCCCACUGCUCAGAUGGGCUUCUUCCUCACAGACUCGUUCUGCUCUCCAGCUGCCUACCCUAACACUCCUCUCUUCCACUCAGAGCCCUCUGCUGUAGCUGGACUAUUCGGAGGGUUCUCUGCACCUCCCGCUGCCCAGCCUCCCAGCUUAACAGGCCUUAACGUCGACUUUGAUUCUGUGUUCGGCAAUAGAUCAGCCACCAACAGCACAGACUCGGCUGACGAUAUUUUAGGUUGCAUUCUGAAACCUACAGUGGCCUCUCCCAACCAGGGCCUGACGCCCAGUACCCAACAAUCUGGCAAACUGGUUUCUGAUGACUUGGAUUCCUCUCUGGCCAACCUUGUGGGCAAUCUCGGUAUUGGAAAUGGAACAAUGAAAAAUGACAUCCACUGGAGUCAGCCAGGAGAGAAGAAGUUGACUGGAGGAAACAACUGGCAACCAAAGAUGGCUCCGAGCACAACAUGGAACCCUGCCACCAUGAAUGGCAUGCUUUUCCCACAAUACGCUCCCUCUGUAAUGGCCUUUCCUGCCACAACACCCACAGGCAUGAUGGGAUAUGGAAUGCCGCCUCAAAUGGGCUCCAUGACGAUGAUGACCCAGCCCACCAUGAUGUACUCGCAGCCUGUGAUGCGGCCGGCCAACCCAUUCGGCCCGGUCUCAGGGGCACAGCUCUCUACAGCCUCUAGUCCUUCCAGUUCAAGUCCUCUCAGAGCUCCGGGACAAGACCCUUUUGCACAGCCCUCUCUGAAGGAUUUCCUUUAGAGCGACUUUAGAUGCAGUUCAUGUAGGCAAAGGAGGGUCAACGCUUCCCAACGAUGAAUUACACACCAAAUCUCAAACCUUUAAUCUCUCUCCAGUUGGCUGUUGCACUCUUUGAGUGUUUGGCCCCAGUACAAACCUGUACAGGAAUCAGAGGGCAGGGUGGGAGGGGCAUUGCAGAAUAUGAAUGGGUGGGGUUGGGGGGGCUGAAAUGUCAGAUGGAAGACACAACGCUCAAUUUGUAAUUUGUGUAACACAGAAACGGUGUGUUGUUAUUGUACUGAUCGGCAUCUGUAAUCAAACACAAGGGUGUUGAGAGAGCUUGAGAGAAUCCAGUUAUUAUCCAGGGUUAUCACAAAUCAGCUUCACUUUAUUUACCAGAAACAAGAGAUUUGGGUGGGUAUGGGUGGAGUUUUUUUCUGUAUUUGAUGAUCUAUCAAGCAUUACCUAAUUUAACCACCACCAAUUAGAAGUUAUAACAUCAGUUUCUACUAUGAUUUCUACUUUAAUUUUAAUUUUUGUUAUGACGUUUGCAGUAGACAUUCCUUGUGUAUUGUCUGUAUUUAUUUAUGAUUUACUCACUGAGGACAUGAGAGAAGAAAUGAAUGAUUUUGUUUUUCUUUUUGUCGAGGAAUAUGCAUUCAUAUGGUUAUGACUGGUUGUAUAAUUCGGAUUUUGAGAGUGACUGAAAUAUGAAAAAUAUAUAAUAUAAAACGGGGGUGGGGGGGGCGGGGAAUGGACACUUAUAAACUGACUGAUACAGCACUAAGUAUUCUCUAAAGCAGUUGUAUGUCUAAGGCAAUUUCUUAGUAGCUCAGAUGCGCUCACCACCAUGCAUUCGUAAAGGACAUACUGUAGGAUAAAAAAAAUAUACAAAUCAUUACGCCACAUAGUCAGUUCUGUGCCCCGGGGUUUCAAGUUGGGACGGGGUGGAAGCAUUUAUUGGAUUAGCAAAGCACUACUUUUGUGAUUCUGCGGCAUUUCAUUGGGGAAGAUCUGUAUUGCUUUAUGCUUGGCAUGUCAUUAUUUUACAUGGACAGUUAUACGGCUGCCUUUUCAACCUGAAUGUGCAGAGUCGCCUUCAUUUUCGGCCCAUCUUUCCCCAUGCCGAAGAAGGAGAGUGGUUUUGUAUGUUUGAGCGUGUGCAUGUGUGUGUGAAUGUGAGGAUUGCAGGUUGCUGUCAUUGGGAUGGGGACGGAUGUGUUUCUGAACAUAAGCUGUAGGUCCAGUAGUGUAAAGAUAGGGGGCGCUGUUGAUCAGUGCUCAGUGUACAUACAACAGCAAAUGAAGGAUGGUUCGAAUAUGAGGGCGAUUCUAUCCAUUGACUUAGCAUAUGUACUGCAAUCAUCCUUGCAGAUUCUAUUUUUGUUUAUAUGACAAACAAAUAAUGCAGAAUUUGGGUGAUUUUCAAAUAAAGCGCAGCUUACACAGAA